UCUUAAACAAACACGUCGAUGUCCUUGUACCGUAAUUGAGGUUAGUUUUAUGGCAAAUCAUUCUUCACAUUUUCUCACUUUUGUAGUACAAAAUGGAUGUGGAUAUAGAACUAGAAAAUGAUAUAGAUUUGUACAGACAGACUCCUGUUAGAUAUUUAGGUUACGCGAAUGAAGUAGGUGAAGCUUUUAGAUCAAUAAUUGGCAGGAAAUGGGUAAAUUUUACUUAUGGUGUAGCCACGCUGUACGUUUUAACAGACACUAGCGAUAAAAGCAUUAAAACUUACAAGACUAAACUGAAUGAGGAAAAUCAUUUAAAAAAGGUGAUUUACACGACUACUGAUACUUUAAUUUGGCAAUUAUUAGCCUCUGUAGCAAUUCCUGGUUUUACAAUAAAUAGAGUUUGUGCACUUACCAAUUACCUGCUCAAAAAAAGUGAAAAAUUACCAACAAAUAAUAGAAAAUGGAUUGUUACGGGUAUAGGAUUGUUUACUAUUCCAUUUAUUAUAAAACCAAUAGAUAAUUUUGUAGAUUUAGCAAUGGAUGAAACUCUUAGGAAGUUUCAGCCAUAGUAGUAUAUUUAGAACAAUAUUAUGUAGGUACCUACUCACAUGGUAUCGAAAAAUAGAAACUUCCUAGCAAUAAAUUUAGUACCAGUACCUACAGAUAUAGACAUAUUCAAAAGGGGACAAAAGCAAUAGGUAUAAUAUGUAUAUAUUAACUUAAAUUUUGAAGAAAUUAAAUUUAAAAAACAAAUUUUAAUUGUGCCUUUGUAACUUUCUCCAGAGCCUCCUAUAUCUGGUGGGUAUUGAAAAAAAAGUAUAGUGCCAAAUUUGUUGAUCUGCAUUUAUUAAAACACAAUUUAUUUUUAUCUUGUUAUCUAC